UCAGAAUAAAUUCGGUGCUGACGUUGGCCGAUCUGAAGGCCUUUCUUGUGUAUUGGGAUCCAGGUCACAAAAUGGACUCGACGAUGACUCGAGGCCGAGAGGGAGAGUAGCAAGUAGUGGAAACAUCAAGAAGAAAACACGUAACAACAGAGUGGAGAUAAGCUAAUUUUUCUAUUCUUGUGAGUCGCUGCUGUUGCUGCUGCUGAGAGUGCGAUGCGAUCGUAGUGAUCCAUUGUGUGCUGUUGGAUUGCUUGGAUUGGUGUCGCUUUCAAAUCAGCAGACAGAAUCAGAACAAGGAUUGCUCUGACGGCGGCAGUGAAUCAACCAGCAGCAAGUAGACUUGGACGGAACCUGAUAAUCUCUGUUGUCGUCACCAAUAGUAGUUCACCAAUCGACGAUUGAGCGCCACUCGAGCUAGAAGCAGUGCCUGUAGUGGCGAGCACGUGCGUUGUGUGCGCCUACCGCAAAUAGUAAUUUCGCCAAUAUUGUAUAAAAACCCCGGACAGCGGACACCGCUCCCUAGGCCACAAUGGCAACUAGGAAAAAGGUUCUCCUGAAAGUGAUCAUCCUUGGCGACAGCAGCGUCGGCAAGACGUCGCUCAUGAACCAGUACGUAACAAAGCGCUUCUCGAACCAAUACAAAGCCACGAUCGGCGCUGAUUUCCUAACAAAGGAAGUGGUGAUCGACGAUCGAGUUGUGACGAUGCAGAUUUGGGACACUGCCGGUCAGGAACGGUUCCAAUCCUUGGGAGUAGCAUUCUACCGCGGUGCGGAUUGUUGCGUACUGGUGUACGACACAACGGCGCCCAACACGUUCAAAAACCUCGACUCCUGGCGGGACGAGUUUCUGAUUCAAGCCAGCCCUCGGGAUCCCGACCACUUCCCGUUUGUGGUGCUGGGCAACAAAAUCGACCUGGAGAAUAGGGCCGUAUCAACGAAACGUGCCCAGCAGUGGUGUCAAGCCAAGAACGAUAUUCCCUACUUCGAAACGUCGGCCAAAGAAGGCAUCAACGUAGAUUUGGCGUUCCAAACGAUUGCCAAAAACGCGUUAGCCCAAGAGAGUGAGGUUGAGCUGUACAACGAAUUUCCCGAUCAAAUCAAGUUGAACGCAGACCGCAACAACCGGCCUCGAACCGGAGACAACUGUUCGUGCUAAUAAUAUCCGCUACCCGCUGCAAGGUAAUCGAUAGAUAAAUUUCAAUAGUAUCCACACUAAACAUAAUAAGCGAAAGGCACGCUGCAAAAUUGUAACAACAUCAACCAACAAAGUAACAAUGCGUGUUUGUGCAUAAGGCAAGUAAAGUUGUAAGUAUAUAAACACACUCCACAGCAAAUAACAUAAUUAUGAAACAAUGAUGGAAAACAAUAUACUACAAAACACAAUAUCCAGUAUGCAGUAGAUGAUAUCGACAUUAAUAGAAGAAACUCACUCAUUGAUUUCGAGAUAAACCAAACAAAACACAUCAUUUGAAGAUCCCUUUUAGAUUUGCGCAGAUAUCUCAUUGCAUUCGGAUCACUAUUCUAAAUCUGCAGCAUAAUGAAAAAAGGUUAUCUUAUAUUAGAAAACUAUAUUUUUGUUUUUUUUUUUCGUAUUCGUUAGGGGAAAGUACUACAGAACCUAAACUUUAUUUUUCGUGACGAGGGGGAAAAGAAGAGAGUGUAUAGUAGUUGUUAGAUAUAAAUACUUUUUUAGAUAAGCAUCAACGCAGCAAAUAGACACUUUUGAAAUUGAUCCUACUUUCUCAUUUUUUUUUUCAAUUUCUUGGAUGCUUUUGGGCAUUAUAGGGUCUGGGACCAUUUGGGCAGGAGCACCUAUUUUGGGCACUUGCUGCUGUAACUCAGUCAAUUUUGAACCGAUUGGCUUGAUUUUUGAGACACGAUCAGCUAGGCACAGUAGCUAGUCAUGUUUCAAAAUUCAAGUCAAUCGGUUUGAAAUUGACUGAGUUAUAGCAGCAAGUGCCCAAAAUAGGUGCUCCUGCCCAAAUGGUCCCAAACCCUACCUAUAUCUUCGAUCGUAUGUUGUUUCUUCUUUGAUUGUAUCAAAGUAAAUUUCAUUUGUUCACUGCUCUUUUGAAGCUCAUUGUUAAAUGUUGGUACCGACAAGGAGCAUUUGAGUUUCAAACUUUGCUAUGUGCCUGUAUGAUGCUUAUUAUUAAAUUAUUAAUUUUCAUUGAACAUUAUAUGCUGCAUACAAUCUAGCUAAUAAUUCUUGAAUGCAAACCAAUCGAACUGUUUGGCAUUCGAGGCGAUCUAUGUCUAAACACUUAUAGUCAGAUCAGGUAUAACAAAAGAAAUAAAAUGGCAAAUUCAAUAAUUUUUUGAAUGAGAUAGACAAAACAAUUUGGUCGAGCUUUGCGCUGAAGUUUAACAAAUUUAACCACUUAUGCUGAAUCACCGUAGAAAAUGCGCAGUUGAUAUCAUCGUUUGAAGUAGCUCUGAUGAAACAAGAACAACAUCGUGUGCAAUUGUAUCAGAAAAGAAAUUCGUAGCUAUAUGAAUCCGAACAUAACUCGAAAACGCUACCAUUGUGAACCAGUUAAUCAUGAAAAAAAAACAAAUAAAAAUAUGAACAAAAUGAGGAAAAACUAGAUCCUCCUGUGUCGAUUGUUUUCCGUCGUACCUACUGCGCGUGUUAGCUGAAUUGUUAGCAUGAUAGGAUGCGCUAAUUUUAUUACAGAUACACACACCGAUGGAAAAAAAAAUUGGAGAAAUAAUUCAGAUAACUAUUUAAAAUAGAUAUACAUAAUAAAUAAUGAACAUUAAUAAAGUGAUAUGAAUUCA